UUUGUUUGUACAAAGACUAGGCCUUCUAGAAACCAUAUCUUUUAUUUUUUCACAUCCAUGCAUCUCUGAGUUCAAGGUGAUCCACUUCAAAGGUUUUUCAUUUUAGACCGCGAAAUGUAAAAUUCGUGGGAAUUAUAAAUUAUCGCCUUCUAGCCCGAGAAAUAUAGAGCCAGAGAGAGGAGAGACAGAGAGAGAUUUAUCUCAGAGAGAGGGAGAGAGACCUUCCUCACUUCUCAUGGCGACUGAGAACGUCCAGGGUCAGGCCCAAGCCCAGGCUCAGGCUCAAGUCCAGGCAGAGAAACUGAACCAGGCUUUACAGCACCAGCUGAAUUUGGAGGGAGUGAGAACUCGAGCAUUGGACCUCUUCAAUACCAUCUCUCGUCUCCUUGAAAUAUUCGAUCCCAUUUCUAGGGCUAACCCCAAUCUUCGCAAAUGGCAAGAUAUUUUAGGGCAAUUUUCGAUGGUCAAUCUCGAGCUCUUUCACAUUGUGGAGGAGGUUAAGAAGGUUUCAAAGGCAUUUGUAGUACACCCGAAAAAUGUAAAUGCCGAGAAUUCUACAAUAUUACCUGUCAUGCUUUCUUCUAAGCUCCUUCCUGAGAUGGAGUCUGAGGAGACUUCAAUGAAAGAGAAGCUAUUGCAUAGCCUUUCACACCUUCCAGUAUCCACUCAGAUUGAAAGGCUAAAGAGCCGAAUUGAUAUGAUAGCAGCAGCCUGUGAUGGUGCUUCAAAGGCCAUAGCUGAUGCUCGCAAGGCUUAUGGAUUAGGAUCUCGGCAGGUCCCUUCAAUGGUGCCCCCAAUUGACAAAGUGCAGGCUGCGAAAAUCCAAGAGCAGGAGAAGCUUCUCAAAGCUGCUGUAAAUGUUGGUGAUGGAUUACGAAUACCUGGAGAUCAAAAGCAUCUACCAUCAGUUCUGCCUGCUCACUUGGUUGAUGCACUAUCAUCUGGAGAUGGUGUCCACCCUAAAAAUCCUCAAGCGAUAUCCACAAAUAACAUUGGCACUCAGGGAACUGCUAUACAGAAUUCGUAUACGCAAUUUGGUGGGAGGUCAGUCCCAUCUCCCUCAGGGGGAACUUCAUCCAUUGAUAAUACGUCCGCAUCUCCUCUGCCAUAUGCAAACUCACCUAGGUCAGGAACAGGCAUGAUGAAUGUUCCUUCUCCUCAACAGCAAUCGCAACAGCAACAACAGCAUCAAAGGCAGAAACUGAUGCAAUUGCCCCAACAUCAGCAGCAACUAAUCUCCCAACAACAAUUGAGGCAAUCUGCCUCACCUGGAUUGAGUCAGAAUGCAGUUCCUCAGCUACAUGAUUUUCAAGUCCAAAAUCAGCAGAAGUUUCAACAGUUGCAUGGGCAACAUCAGGCACAGUUUUCUCAGCCACAAUCACAUCAGCAACUCCAAAACAGGCCACUACAGUCAGCACAUAUUCAGCAUAACAUUGGACAAAGUCAAAUGAGCCAAGCGAAUCAGCUUAGGAGCCAUCUAGGCCAGUACACUGGAACCGCAAGUACUGCCUUGUUCAAUGCUGCUCAGGCUUCAACGAACUCUCAAAUGAUGCCAAAUAUGCCUGCCGCAAUUUCAUCACAAUCGAUUUUGCCAAGAAUGCAGUUAGGGCAGCGGAGUCAUCCAUCGCAAAUGUUGAAUGAGCAGAUGUUUAAUAUGGGAGCCACCAAUUCUGCAAAUAUGGCUCAGAUGCAGCAGCAACAACAAUUUGGGGGUGUUCUAACCAAUACUCAGAAUCUGCAACAAGGUCUUGUCAACCUUCAAAAUCCCCAAAACUCAAACUAUCCUCAGCAGAGGCAACCACAACAGUAGUUUUGUCUUCUUUCUUGAGACUACAAGUUUUUUUAUUUUAUUUUAUUUUUCCAACUUUUUUCGUUGCAUAAUAUGAUAUUUAAGUUAUAUGAGUUUGGAUUACAUUUUACCCAAAAAGACCGAGAUUAGCCAUCUUCAUUGCUUUGAAACUCAUUACGGACUUGGUCCCUACUUGGAAAAACAGAUAGGGCCUGUCUUCCUCAUUGAAUUACCCAAAGAAAAGAAAGAAAGAAGACUUGGUCCUUAA